AUGGCUCCCCAUAAUACUCGUACACAUAUUACCACCCACAUUCUCUGGAUCUUCUCCUCCCUCCUCUUCCUCUCCACCUCUCUCCCCACCGAGCCCUCCCCCUCGGCCCCCGUGGACCCCACCACGGCCUGCCACGUCACCCCGGACCCCACCUUCUGCAGAUCCAUCCUCCCACCGGGCGGGUCCCACAGCCUCUACUCCUACGGCCGCUUCUCCCUCGCCGAGUCGCUCUCCAGCGCCUACCGUAUCCUCACCUUCAUCGACCGUUACCUCUCCGACAACACCGCUUCACAACUGUCACCAACCGCCAUUGGAGCACUUCGCGACUGCCGACUCCUCUCCGCCCUCAACGUCAACUUUUUGACGUCUACUAUAUCGGCUUUGAACAACAGCACUGACGCGCUGGUAGACACGACAACAGAGACGGUGCAGACGCUGCUGUCUGCUCUCCUCACCAACCACCAGACCUGCUGCGACGGCCUGCAGGCUGCGGCGCCUUCGUGGUCGGCGCAGACCGGCAUCGCAGCGCCUAUGUUUAACAGCUCGAGGCUGUACAGCGUCUCCCUAGCCCUCUUCACUAAGGCAUGGAACCCUGAGUGUAGGGGAGGGAGGUACCGCGGCGGGUUCACGCCGCCAAGGGUUCGGAACCCGCCGCCGGGCCGACGCCAUGGAAGGACGCUUCUGUUUCAUGAGCUCAAGAGGAGGUUAGGCCGUCGGCUACUCCAAGCUGGAGAGUCGACUGGGGUGGUGUUGAUAGCCGACAUGGUUACAGUAAGUCAAGACGGAAGCGAAAACUACGCAACCAUCGGAGCAGCGGUGGCGGCGGCACCGACGAACUUGGACGGAAGCACCGGAUACUAUCUGAUAUACGUGGUUGCAGGUGUGUACCAAGAGUAUGUGUCGAUACCUUCUAAUAAGAGGUAUUUAAUGAUGGUCGGCGAUGGGAUCAAUCAAACGGUGAUUACAGGCAAUCGCAGCGUGGGUGAUCGGUGGACCACCUUUAGCUCAGCAACAUUUGCUGUCCUUGGCCGAGGAUUCGUGGGCGUAGGGAUGACAAUCAGGAACACCGCAGGCGCGACGAAAGGCCAAGCCGCGGCCCUCCGCAAUGGUGCCGACCUCUCGACGUUCUACAGCUGCAGCAUCGAGGGCUAUCAAGACACACUCUACGUCCACUCCAUGAGACAAUUCUUUCGAGAAUGCGAUGUAUACGGAACGAUCGAUUUCAUCUUCGGUAACGCAGCAGUCGUGUUUCAGAACUGCAACAUCUACGCCCGGCUCCCCUUAUGGGGCCAAGGCAACACAAUCACGGCGCAGGCACGGUCGGACCCGAACCAGAACACGGGCACGUCGAUGCAGGGAUGCCGGUUCGUCGCGGCCCCUGAACUGGCUGCGGCGCAGGGCCUCGUGCGGACAUUUCUCGGCCGGCCGUGGCAAGCGUACUCGCGGACCGUGAUCAUGCAAUCGUUCAUGGACAAAUUGAUUGAUCCACGAGGGUGGACUCCGUGGUCAGGGAACUUCGGGUUGAGUACAUUGUACUAUGCCGAGUACAAAAACAAUGGACCUGGUUCAGGGACUAGUGGACGAGUAACAUGGCCCGGAUAUCACGAUAUAAUUAGCAGCGGCGAUGCGAGUAACUUUACAGCGAGUAGCUUCAUUUUGGGGGAUAAUUGGUUGCCACAAACUGGUGUGGCCUACUCAAGUGGGUUGCUUUGA